AUGGAAAAUUUAAACGCUGCCGAAGAUAAUCCCUCAAUAAACAUCAGUUUGCCCGACAAAUUGGAGUCAAAAAUGAAUCAAGCAUUUUCAGUGGAUUGUCAAUUUAUUGUCGGUGAAAAUCUGGGAAAGCCAAAAACUAUAUUCGGCCAUAAAUUAAUCUUCGCCUUGAACUCGGAAGUGUUUGAAUCAAUGUUUUCUGGUAAUUUCAUGGAAGCAAAAUUUACCAGAAUCCCAUUGCCAGACGAUGAUCCAAAUGCAUUUCGCAACUUACGCAUAAUCUUGUAUAAUCUCCGUGAUGCCUCUCAGGAAGUUGAGGAACUAAAUGUUAGCGAUACGAUCAGUUUGUAUAAACUUUGUGAUAAAUAUAUGUUCACGACAAUAGCUAAGUUAUGCAGAGAACACUUGAAGAAAUUAAUUGAAAAGUCUAACCAUGAUGAUGCGUUAAAAAUUUUCGAUGCCACUGUGGCAUUUUCGAAUUUGAAGCUAUUAGAACCUAUUAAAACUAAAUUACUAGCAAAUGAUUAUUCUACAUCGCUACCUACACUUUACGAAUUGGAUUAUGUUUCGUUUAUGAAAUAUAUCGAAUUAAAAAUAGAAUGCAAUCUCUCAAACCACAUGCCAAUAUUUGAUGCAAUAGAAAAAUAUAUAUUGGAUAAUAAUUUAAUACCGCAGCAGUUACGUGCAACGGACAAGUCAACAAAGAAAAUUGGGAGAACCACCGCUACUACAUUUGGGCAAGAGGAUGUUGUUCUGCUUAGCGAUGAGAGAUCAAUGGAAUUAAUGGAAAAGUUGUUGUCUUAUGUGGAUUUUGCUAAAAUUACAAUUGAAGAUUUCAUUUCCGGGCCUGGUACUUCAAACAUACUUACCUGGAAACAAAAAUAUACGCUUUUAUCAGAAUUAAAUGCUGUUGACUUAUGUGGAUUUUGCUAA